CAUACAUGUAUAAAUCUUUCAGAAUAUUAAUCAAAAUAAGGAAAAAACACCGUCUAAUAUACAUCAGCUGGAAUUAAUUAAUUCUUUGGCAGUGCGCUUUUGCUUUCAGAAACGAAUGAAAACAUUCGGCUUCGGAAGGUUCGUAGCAAGCAUUGUGUUUGCACUUUAGCUCUUCACUUUCUUUCUCUUCAAUGAUCGAAUAUAUCAUUAUAUUUGAAGUAGAAAAAUUUUUCGAGCAACACGAACAGACUGUUGAAACAGGAAGAGUGUAGGGAGUGCAGUGUCGAACUUGGGACCCUCGUUUAGUACUGUUUGUUUAGUACAUGUUCUGUGCUGCUACACUCUACAGCGGACUGAGCGAACUCUGCAUUGCUCUGCAGACUGCGUGAGAUUGCGCACCACGGCGCACCACGGCGCACUAUUGGCGACUACUGGUACAAGCCGCAAUACGGGCUCUGCCGUUCGUUUACUCUCGACGCGUCCGGCCCGACCGCGUCCUCGUUAGUAAGCCACGAGCGUCGUUGGCCGACGCGAUGAACGUCGUCGUCACUCUCCACCGGCAGCGCGUUAUCCACCGCGUCCUCGAGGCGGCCCGCGGCUCAUCGCUGCGACUCCCGUUGUCACUCCAGCGUCGUGAUUGAAUUGAACUGGCCGAAUGUACGGCAGCGAGUGCACGAGCACGAUUCCGAGUUGCUGCGCUUUCUAGGAUUAAGGAUGUCGAAGCGGCUGAGUUUCUAUUGUCUGGUAGCCCUGGCGUCCGUCUGCAUCUUCUUCCUAGCGUUUAACCAGCGCUACAGCAGCUACCUUGAGCAUCGACUGCAACCGGUGAUAUCGGAUGUUGAGAUAAGGCCGCGGACCACCAAAAUCCAAGAGCCGGUAACGGUGAGCCAGGCGUACAUUACGGGAUUCGCGGACAAUGCUACGAUCACUGAAAUUCAGGAGGUGGUUGACCAACAAAGAAAAACGAUUAAAAGAGAAAUGGAAAAUUAUGAAUAUCCAAAUGGAAAAUAUGGAAUAAAUGUGAGCAAACUUGAAGAUCUAGUGAUGGAGAAGGGUGGUAGACCCAUGAGAAGCAUAAUUCUGACGAGUUGGAGAAGUGGUAGCACGUUCCUUGGUGAUGUGGUGAACGCGCAUCCGGCCAAUUUUUACCAUUACGAACCGCUGCUCGACUAUGGAAUCGUGCAAAUCCGAGGAUCGCCACUUGCCGAAGAAUCUUUAACAAGGAUACUCUCUCUGCUGAAUUGUGAAUACAAGGAGCUCGAUCGCUACCUGGAUUAUGGGAAGACUCAUCCUUGGGUAUUUAAUCACAAUACGCAUUUAUGGCGACAAUGCCAAGCGCAUAAACGCAUUUGCUGGGAUUCGCGUUUCGUCUCCAAGUUUUGCCGACUCUUUCCAUUCCAAUCGAUGAAGCUUGUGCGAUUGAGGUUGCAUGCGGUAGAGAGUCUUUUGGCCGAAGAAGAUCUAGGUGUACGAUUAGUUCUACUCAUUCGUGAUCCGAGAGGCAUUCUGCAAUCCAGAAAACAUAGGGAAUGGUGUCCUGCUAAACCAGAUUGUUCUGAUCCUGCUUUGGUCUGCGCGGACAUGGUAUCGGACUUCAGCUCGGCGGUAGAACUGUCGAAAAGAUACCCCCAUUCUUUCAGAGUAGUACGUUACGAGGACCUAUCUGUGGAUCCCUACAAGCACGUGCAGGAGCUUUACAAUUUUUACGGUUUGAACUUUCACAUAAACGUGAAGAAAUUCCUGGACACGCAUACGAAGAAUGAUGUAGGCGGUGUAUCAAGUACUUUUCGGAAUUCCAAGGUCGCGCCAUUUCACUGGAGGACCGACUUAGACUUCGAAGAGGUUCGCGAAAUACAAAGAGUAUGCGCUACCGCUAUGCGAUUGUGGGGAUAUGUGAUGGCCUUAAAUUCCACUCACCAAAAAGACUUCGAUCCUAUCACAAAUUACCGGCUCCAGUUAUGACAACUGGCAGACGACAUGCUCAAUGUAGAUAUGAUGUAUAGUAUAUCGGUAUAACGAACGGCAGCGGUCAGAAAUGUCGUAGUUCAUAUAGAUAUUCUGCGAAAGAUGCUAGCGGUCACUCAGGAAGAUAGCCAUGUAUGUAAGGAAUGAAUGUCGAUUCAUUUGAAAGAAAAAUUUAGGAAUUUAGCUUUGCAAUGAUAAGGUUUAUAGAGACAACAGGUUUCUACUUCUUUGAAGGGACGGAAACAAGAUACGUUCGUAAUUUUAUAUUGUAACAUGAUCUAAAUCACAGGGUGUUAGAGUAAAAUCCUGAGAGCUUGACAUAAAUUAUGUCUAACCAUAUCGAUGCGAACGCAGAUGCAUUCAAAACAUUUCUAAAUAUUAUGAAUAUUUUAGGAGAGAGAAAGGGUCUUUGUGUCUAAUGAAUCAAUAUAUUCAUUAAUAUUACUUGUAAUUGUAGAUAGUUUGUAAAGAGAGAUUUAUAAUGGUCAUUACACCGUAUCUUUUUACAUCUUCAAGAAGUACUCCACUAUAAGAAAAUGAAAUUUUUAUAUCGAUUACGGAACACACAAAGUGCACUCACUUCUUCUUGGAUUCAUACAAAGUUAUUGUUAAAAACAAGACGACCAAAUUUAAUUUUUUAACUUACUGAUCAAUAGCUACGUUCAGCAAAGAAAGCGACUAUGCAACUGUAAAAUUUGUUUAAUGAGAUCGAUCUUGCUUUUAGUUCCUCAUUAGAGAUCUAAAUAUAUAAAUCAUAUUAAAGAAUCUCAUAUAAAAUAUAUAAUUAUGUUAAAGAAUCUCACAACAGUUGCAAAGCUGCGUUUUCUACUAAUGCAGCCAUUGACACACGACAGUACUACAUUAUGAACGUAAAAAUACAUUCAUAGUAUGGAAGAAUAUUUAUAUCUAAUAAGGAAUGUAUCAUGUUUGAAAAGAAUUCAGCUAUAAAUUGUGAACGAAAAUUGAAUCUCGUAACGUUAGAAUAUCGUAUCUUAUAAUAUCAUCAACAGUGUUGGGAAUUUAUUUCUGCGCCGUCUGAUGGAAAAUUUCUACCAAUGUUCAAUGUGUAUGUGUACGGAGAGAGAAGUACGAAUGCAAUAUCAAUUAGCUCGCUCAUUCUAUGGAACACUUGAUCUUAUCUUUUGUUCAUGUGGUGAUCACAACAUUUGAGAAAACAAUCACAGGCGGUGUCAAGGACGAGAGCACGAGUUUCCAUUCUACCGGCCUUCGAUGCGGCAGGCGACGAAUUAUUGCAGAAGUACAUAGACUCGACCAACUUACUCACAAGCGCGUGUGAUUUUUAUAAUGUACGAUAUGUACGACGUAGUCGUAAUGGCACUGCACACUUUAGAUACAAGAUAGAGGUAUUACCGUGAGCUGUUCGUUGACGAUUUAGAAUAAGAAUACUUUUUUGAAUCUUUACACGCUACAUAUAUAUUGAUUAUCUGGAGCAGCCUAACUGGCUGACACACCCUCUGUUAUGUAUUAUAGUAUAUUUACGUUAUAUAUUAUAUAUAAUUUAGAGAUUGUAUUCCUCGCGUCCUUGUGUUAUGCACCGAGCGCUAAAUUAUUAUCAGCUCUCUGUGAUCGAUCAGACCUUACCACGCGUUCACUUAAAGUAGGAUCGAUUUUAAUAAGCGUAUAUCACACGUAUUAAAUAUUAUACAUAAGAAUUUGGAUAAUUUGGGAAACGAGAUAUUACGAUCCGGUUCCCUUUUGUUUUAUUUGGAGGACAGUUUUAUUCGCCAAAAUCUUGAUCCUAAUUAUUAUUUACAUCGUUGCAAUAUCUCGCAUUAAACGAAAAUUAACGAAGUAAAUGUAAUGUUUCUCACAUCGUACAUACAUACGGAUGAGAUAGCAUUGCGUACGACAUUGACGAGUCAUCGACGCGAUUGCUAAUACAAAUUUGCAAUAUCUUGGUGCAAUCUCACGCCAUUAACACUAUUUCUCGUGGAAUAGGUAUCUAGUCCAAGAGGAACGCGUAUUUCUUUGCAUUUUGUACCUUAGAU